CCGGAGUUGUUUGUCCUGGGCAAAUUUGAAACAUUUUGCUGGCCGGCAGAUGAUGGGGAAAGUUUUUACCAUGUAUUACCAGCAGUAGAUUGUGGUUCUCCUACGUUUACUAUUCUUUAAAACCUCUCUGGAAAGUAUUCACAACACUAACAACCGCCAUCAUUUGGUCCAGUGGCGAUCUGGAGCAAAGGCGGGACAUCACCUCGCCGUCCCGUGCUCCAACGGCCCAGUUUUCUUUCUACAUUUAGCGAGUCCACAAGCGGUCGUGACGCCACUGGCAUAUCACUAGCGUCGAACCCUGGCUACCACAAAAUCGCACAAGAAUCCCGAUUCUCCUCCCUUGUCUUCUGCCCUGACAUACAAACUUAGUCCUGCUCACGACAGCAUCCCUCCCUCUGUCAAGAACCUAAAAGGCUUCGGCCCUGCAGAUUUCAGAAACCUUUCGCUCCAUCGGCGGCGUCUCAUCCCCAACCCUUUCGCCAACCCGCCUUCAGCGCAAGACGACAGCUUCGCUCCAUGGAUUUUAGCCCCCGCACAGUUUAUACAGCAUACAGCACAGAUUAUCGCAUAAGAAGCUCACUGAUUUACUCAAAUCCAGCUUGAACAGCAGCACAUCGCGGCUCUCCAACUACUACUCCCAUUACCUUCGCUGCCCUUGUGGCAAAGUCCUGGAUACAGAUCAACUACGUUGCUCCCUUCACAUCCAUAUUCCACGCUUCUAGCCGUCACAAACGAUGGAUCACGCCAGAGUCAAGGCCCUAAAGGGCGGCAAGACCACCUCGAGAAAGGCAAUCAAGUCCGGCCGAGCUUCGGGAAACAUCACGCCCAAGAGUUCUCCCAUGGCCUCGCUUCUGACAUCACCAACACACUCUACCGCCCACAGCCGUGCAGCAUCGGACGACAGUGAUGAUGGCGACUCUGAUCUCGAGGUCGAUAUGAUCUCCAGUGUCCACUCUGCUAGCUCUGUCACUGAGACUACGGACGAGAACGGUUCCGUCACACUCGACACCAACGCUCUACUCGAAAACAUUCAGGAUCAUAAGCGCAACAAUAACACAACACGAGAGGAAUUCUUGGAAGCAUUUAUCAAGGUUAUUCGAACAAAAUAUUCACCAGAAACCCACCUAUGGCUCGACGACGCCGCUACCGAAUUGACCGAUGCAUUCCUGAGAGGUGCUAACCGCGCCGAGUCUCCCAGGGAGCGUCUAUUAAACUUACAGGCCUUCUGUGUCACUGUGGGCUGCGUUGAGGAGCUGGAGAUUUACGAGGGUGCCCACACAACACUAAAACAGGUAUUGGUAGACGAUGACGACGACGAAUGCCGAGUUUGGGCCAUUUACGGCCUUUCCAUGGCGGUCCUUUAUGGCGGCGGUGUUGAGGAAGCGGCCCUGGAAAUUAUGGAAUACUUCAUCGAUAUAAUCCAAACAGAUGGUGACUCUAUUGAAGCGCAGGACAACGUAGCAAUCGUUGCGGCCGCUUUGGCUGGCUGGAGCUUUGUUGCCAGUCACGUUGAUGACUACUCCGAAUACGCUGAAGCUGCCAUGGAUUCAUUUGUCGAUCAACUCGACAGCAGCAACAUUCAAAUUCAAUCCAACGCCGCACGCUGCAUAGCGUUAACGUUUGAGUCCUCUCGAUCCCAUGAAGAAGAUACGGGGAAGCCAUUCCAGCUGCCAUAUGAUCCUCAAAAGCUGGCUGGCCGUCUCAACGAGAUCGCCAAGAUGUCGUCCAAGUCGGUCUCGCGCAAAGAUCGCCGCGAACUCCGCGAUAACUUGCUGAGCGUCGUUACCUCGCUGGAACGAGGUCUUGGUCCUUUCUAUUCCGAGGCCCGCUAUGUCCCCGAGCCUGGUCAAACAGUUGCUGCGGAUCAAAUGACCGCUGAUGGCGAUUAUGAGUAUGGAUAUAGAUACCGUUUGCGCCUUGGUGGACGAAUGGCACUUGUUGACUCAUGGUCACUAUACUGCCGUGUCCUCAUGAUGAAGACACUAUUCCGCAAUGGGCUUGAAAAGCAUGUCCUGGUGAAUCCGAUUGUGACGGAAUGCUUGGACGAUGCGGACUGGUCUAUUAAUUAUGGAAAUAAUUGAUGACCCUAAUGAAACAAUUCUUACGAAGAAGAUUGAAAUACGAUACUCAAUGUUUAUCUUUCAAAGCACAUACCUAUGAUUGCCCACAAACCGACGGGAUUGGAGGUUUACGAUACUCCCAGUAUACAAACACUACAGUAGUAAUGAUACAUGAAUAGAUUGUUGAUACCACCUUACCUCGUGUACUGUACAAAGCUAUAGAACUGUAGCAUAAUAAUACAUGUAGAGCUGAACACAACGGUAACCUGGGAGUGUCUUGAAAAUAUAACAUUAUUCUUAAAACCAUCGCCUGUCUUCUGAUUAAUGACCUUCACCCAACUUCCUACACAGUCAAGCCAAAACUUCAAAAUUUAGUGGCCACGUGCGGCUGCCAAACAAUGCGAACCCCGAGAAGUAAAAACGCGCCAAUUAACGUAAGCGACGAAGAAAAGGUGAAAACCCCAACCCAUCCGGUGGACGUAUUGCGAAUAGCACCGCUGAUGGGUCCUCCUGCCAGGGCACCAAAAGAACAAACGGCCAUCAUGGCACCGAUUCUCAGCCCAAUGUGGCCCAUGUCUGGCGUCGUCUGAGCAACACAUGCCGAACCAAGGGGAACUAGGCCACCGGAAAAGAGUCCGAAGAGGGUAGCAAACGCUAUCAAGCUUGGCAGCGAUGUCAUCCAGAUGCAACCAAAAGUUAUGAGACUGGUUCCCAGCGAAAUUGUGAAUAGUACAGUGAAUCUGUCCAUGUCAGUAGGGAUAUUGAUCACAUCGUCUGGAACACAUUACCUGCCAAAGAAAUCCGCCAUCCAACCAGAUCCAAUCCGGCCUAUGAAAGAGCCUGCGUAGCCUAUUGCUAGCAAAUUGUUUGACAUAGUAGCUGGUACUUUCUGCUCCUCGGCGUAGACAGGCAGAGAAAUCCGAACCUCUAUUCCAGGAUUGCUUUGGCAUAGCUGCGUUGUGGUAGCUUGCUUUCGUGUCCCGCAGUAUCAUGCCCAGCCACUCCCUUUCGUUCUUUAACCAAAGCGCACGAUACUAGUAAAAACGGUAUCGUGAUGAGAGCAAUGAUACGGUGAACCCGCCCGUCAUCAUUGGCAGAAUUGGUAGAGAACAAUUUAUCGAGCAGUACUGGCCAUAUAACACCACCUACUGAGCUCCCGGA